AUGCCUGGCCGCGGGUUCGGGGCGGUACCGGGGGAGGAUACGGACCGGUGGGGAUGCCUGGCCGCGGGUUCGGGGCGGUACCGGGGGAGGAUACGGACCGGUGGGGAUGCCUGGCCGCGGGUUCGGGGCGGUACCGGGGGAGGAUACGGACCGGUGGGGAUGCCCGGCCGCUGGACCCUGGCCGCGGGCUCGGGGCGGUGCCGGGGCCGGUGCGGGGCUCCCGUCGGGGCUCGGUGCGGACUGCCCGCCCCGCCCCGCCCCGUCCCGCCCCGCAGCGCUGCUCCUCUCUCCGCUGCAGCCCGGGAUGGCGCCGCGGCGGGGCUGAGCGCCCGGGCCGGGCCGGGCCGGGCCGGGGCCGCCAUGGACGGGCCGAGCGGGGGCUGCCCGCCCGCCGCCGCCCCGGCACGGGCCAAGCUGCCGCUCGGCAUCGUCUUCUCGACGGCGCUGUUCUGCGGGGAGGGGGCGGCGGCCGCCGUGCUCUGCCUCUCCUACGGCCACUCCGACGACCGCUUCUGGCUGGCGCUCACCGUGUUCUUCGUGCUCUGCCCCUCCGUCCUGGUGCAGCUCACCCUCAUCUUCGUGCACCGCGAUCUCAGCCGGGACCGCCCGCUCGUCCUGCUCAUGCACCUGCUGCAGCUCGGACCCAUCAUCAGGUGUGUGGAGGCCCUGGUGGUGUACUGCUGGUCGGGGAGGGAGGAGGAGCCCUACGUGACCAUCACCCGCAAGCGGCGGCUGCGGAAAGGCUACGAGGUGGAGAUGGAGCAGGAGGUGGGGCACUCGGAGCGCCGCCUGGCCACGCACCGCAACGCCUUCAAGCGCAUGGCCGUCAUCCAGGCUUUCCUGGGCUCCACCCCGCAGCUCACCCUGCAGCUCUACAUCAGCGUCCUGGAGAAGUACGUCCCUGUUGCCCGAGCCGUCCUCAUGGCCAUCUGCCUGGUGUCAGUGACCUAUGGAGCACUGGUCUGCAAUGUGCUGGCCAUCCAGGUCAAGUACGAUGACUACAAGGUGCAGCUGCGGCCGCUGGCCUUCCUGUGCAUCGUGCUGUGGCGCAGCCUGGAGAUCUCCACCCGCAUCGCCGUGCUCGUGCUCUUCAGCACCGUCUUCAAGCACUGGAUCAUCCCCAUCGCCCUGGCCAACCUCCUGGUGGUUUUCUUCUUGCCCUGGGUGCAGUUCUGGCGCAGCGGCAGCCGCCUGCCUGACAACAUCGAGAAGAACUUCAGCCGCCUGGGCACGGUGGUGGUGCUCUGUGCCUUCACCCUGCUCUACUCCAGCAUCAACAUGUUCUGCUGGUCGGCAGUGCAGCUCAAGCUGGCUGACCGGGACCUCAUUGACAAGUCUCAGAACUGGGGCCGCUUGGCCGUGUACUACACGGCCCGGCUGGCCGAGAACACGGCCCUCGUCAUCCUCUGGUACUUCUUCAAGACUGAUGUCUAUGAGAACGUCUGCACCGCUCUGCUGGUGCUGCAGCUGCUCCUCGGCUACUGCCUGGGCAUCUACUUCAUGCUGCUCUUCUUCCAGUACCUGCACCCCUGCCGCCAGCUCUUCCGACACAACGUCGCUGAUUUCCUGCACUGCGUGUGCUGCCGCCAGCACCAGGCAGGGACCCCUCUGUGCCUCGAGGCACCCCUGGAGCCCGGUGUGAGGCACAGCAUUGUCUGAGCACCUGGCUCCUCCAGCAGGACAUGGGGAUGGGCAGCACCAGCCAGAGGAUGCUGCUGGCACAGGCCAAGCGCUGCCUGGUCCUGCAGUGGCAGCGGGUCCCAGGGCAUCCCCACGGUGGCAGGGGAACAGGAGUGUGCUUGCCUGCUCAGGACCACUCACGUGAACAUGAAGGAGGAUGCAUUUGAAUUGGACAUAAGGAAUUUUUUACAGUGAGGGACUGGCACAUGUUGCCCAAAGAGAUGGUGGAUGUCCUGUCCCUGAAAACAUUCAAGGCCAGGUUGGAUGGGCUCUGAGCAACCUGGCCUAAUUGAAGAUGUCCCUGCCCAUCUCUGGAGUUGAACUAGGUGGCCUUUAGAGGUCCCUUCCAACCCAAAAUAUUCUACGGUUCUACAAUCCUACAACUUAUGGGGUGCCCAAACCAGUUGGCCCUGCAAGCUGGCUGCCCCAUGGUGCACAGCCCCUGGGGUGCCCUGACACCCCCAUUGCUGCUAUGGUGCAUUUGGUGACCUCGGGCCGUGGGUGCCACUGGGACUGUUCUAUGCAGUAAAGAAACUUUGCUGUGGCUGA